CUGCCCCUGCUAUGCUUUCAGAUUCGUCUGAAAGUGCCCAGAAACUUGAAGGGAGAAGUGCAUAUAACAUGAGCAGUGGUCCAGUUUCUACUUCAUUGUCAGCAUCCAAGGAUAGGAUCUCUUUGGAACAGAAUAGAGCCAAGGGUGCUGCAGGAAAGAAGAAAAAGAGAAGGGAAUUUCAUUUGAAAGCAAAUGCUGCAGGGACAAGUUCUGACCUGUAUAUGGCUUACAAGGGUCCAGAGGAGAAGCCUGAGACAGCUAUUACUCCAGAAAUUGUGGAUAGUACUUCUGAUGUCAAGCAGGUAUCUGCAGAUGCUACUGAGAAGGAUCUUCCAGCAACUGAGGAUGAUGCGCAGAGUAAAGCGGAAAUCGAUGAUUGGGAUUGGGAAGACGUGGUGGAGAUUUCCAGUCCAAAACUGAAAACGUUAGAAAAUGGGGAACAGUUAGAUGGUGCCGGUAAGCAUGACGAUGAAUAUGGAAGUGGAGUUUCACGUAAAAAGAAGUACUCUAAAGAUUUCCUCUUGACGUUUUCAGAGCAAUAUACCGACCUUCCUUUAGGUUUGGAGAUUGGAUCUGAUAUAGUAGAUGCCAUAAUGAGUGGUCCGGUGGCUAAUCCCCAUCUUGUCGAACGUGAAUCAUAUCCAAGUUCUGGAAGGAUUACAGAUAGGCCAAGUGGAGGAUCUCGUCCUGACCACCGUGGUAGCAGUAUUGUGGAUGAUGACAAAUGGAGCAAAGCACCUGGCCCUUUUGCUUCUGGACGUGAUCCACGUCUGGAUGUUGGUCAUGGUGGUGCUGUUAUAAAUUUUCGGCCUGGCCAAUGUGGCAAUCACGGGGAUUUACGGAAUCCACCUGGACAGCCAUCUGGUCAGUAUGGUAGUGGGAUUCUCUCCGGGCCUAUUCAGUCAUUGGCAUCUCCAGGAGGGAUGGCACGGAAUAGUCCUGAUGCUGACAGGUGGCAGCAUGCUCCUGGCAUUCAUAAAGGAAUGGAGGCAGGCGGCUUGAAGAAGCAGAGGUCGAUAGUGUCGCGCCCUCCGAUGGACGUAGUCCUCUCAUCUGAGCUAAGGACGAAGGUGACUUCGAAGAUGAGGAAGACUUCUGAGGCUGAACCUGCUUUAGCUGCAGUCAUAACCUCUACUCCCGUCGCCAGACCUUUUCCUGCUGUGGCCAUGACCUUCUCAACCGAAGUUGUGCCCGUCAUGGCUCCAUCUGAAGCCGUUCCCAUCGCUCCCCCGACCCCUGCCCCUGAAGCACGAGCCCCCGAGGCCCCUGUCGGAGUCGAGCCCAUCACCAUCUCGAAGUCAUCUGCAGAGGAGCAAGCUCCUGAGGUUUCGCCUUCAGGGGUAAGGAGAGAGGUGGUUGGGGAGAUUCCUGGUUCUGUUGUCCCUGUACGAUCUGUAGCUCACUACCCUACCGCUAAUGCUGAGCUCUUAGUCGGCCGAACCGACGCCCUUGUCAGAUAUACUACCACGCUUGAGGCUGCUGCUCAAGCUUCCGUGGUCAGUGGGGUCGGAGGAACUUCUGAGCCCACUUCAGAAACUCUGCCUUCCGGUUAUCACAUGGCUUUGCUGAACCCGUGGGCGGCCAAGCAUGCACCAGAGGCAAAGAUAGCCGCCACCCUCUCCCUACGUCACAUCAACUUCAUGAACGAUUACGCGGCAGUUUGUUACCAGUCGCUACCAAUGAUGGUGGAGGUGAAGGAGAGGUUGAAGGAGAUGGAACGGCUUGAGGCGGAGAGGGCUAAGUUUGUGGUGGAGAAGGCAGAGCAAGAGGCGCGGAUGGCCAAACUCGAGGCACAGAGGGUUAAGCUCAAGAAACUGUUGGAGGCUUCAGCUGCGGAGCGAGAGGAACUGAGAAGGGCAGCUGCCAGGGGUCGAGUGAGGGAGCUAGCGCUCCAGGGCGAGGUUAACCAACUCCAAGCUCGCUUGGACGUGGCCAACCCUGAAGUCAGGCACCUACGGGAGGCAGUUAGGUGUCUAGAGAUCUCUCUCGAGGAUGCAGAAGGUGAUGCCUCACGACUAGAGAAAGACCUCGAGAGGGUGAGGCACAAAGCUACCGAGGGGUUGGCUCAACAGCGGACUGUUCUCGAGGCCGUGGCUGCUGCAAAUCAAGAAAGACUACGAGGUGAACUUGAGGCCCGAGCAGCUUCGCAAGUUACCGUAGCAGUUGCAGCAUAUAAGGAGUCGGCGGAGAGGGCUAGAGAAAUGGACAAGUUAUAUUUCUUUGGCUACAAUACCGGCUUCGACACUUGCCUUGCCGAGGUUAAAAAGUUUUAUCCGACCAUUGACCUCGACGCUCUUGCUGCAGACAAGGCUGAGGAUGCCGAACCAGUCGCGGCAGAUGAUCCUGAGAGUGCUCCUCCUUUCGUCGAGGCCGGCCCUGACACUCAGCCCCCCAGCUCGGUGGCUGGUCCCUCUACUCGGAGGGAAUGAGACUUUUAUUAUACAUAUUUUUUUAUAUUUCAUGGAUAAAAUUUUUUUUUUAUGAAUGAAUGAUCCUUGGGAGGUGGCAUAUUCACAUGUGUUAAUUGUUGUGAUGAUUUUUUGUUGUUAGUAUUUAAGGAUCGACCUUUUGAGAGGUCAACCGCCCCACGAAUUGCGCGCCCCUUAGUA